UACUUAGUUAAUAUCUACCUUAUUUUAAAAUAUGGGUAUCAAUUACUAUUCGAUAUUAAAUUUAAAAAGACAUUGUACCAAAGAUGACGUACAUAUAGCAUUUGGAAAACUAGUAAAAACUCAAGUUGAAAAUUGUUGUUUGGUUAUGUUGUGUGAAGCAUAUGAGGUAUUAUCUGACCCAUUUCGCAGAGCUAUAUAUGAUGAAUAUGGCGAAGAGGGAAUUAAAAAAGGUGUAAAAACUAAUGACUUGUAUAUUGGUCCAUGGACUUAUCAUCGUAAUGUGAUAAGCACAUAUUCAGAGUAUUGUGCACUUAAUAAUCCAAUAACUAAUUUGUUCAUGAAAUCAAAUGGUAUGGUAGUUAUGGAUUUUAAAAAAAAUAAAGGUAGACCUGAUAUAGUGAAAUUACCCCUUCAAUUAACACUGAAUGAAAUUUUUAAUGGAACAAUAAAAUUAGUUAAGCUUAAAAAAAAAUCUAAUCUUAUUUGUGAUUCAAUGGAAAAUGAAAAACAAGUUUUGAAAAUAAAAAUACCACGCGGAUUUCCUACAGGAGGAACAUUAAAAUCUGAAAUAUUAAAACCGGAUAUAGGACAUGAUAAUAUUAAAACUGUAUACAUAUUUACAACAGAAGAUUUACCCCAUAAAAUUUUCAAACGAGAUAACAUGGACUUGAUUGUGGUUCAAAAAGUUUUGUUGAAACAAGUAUUACUUGGUAUAAGAAUUGUUAUAAAUACAUUAGACCAUAAAGUAUUAAGAAUAAACAUCACGGAGGCCAUAACACCUGAUUAUGUUAAAAUAAUCCACAACGAAGGCAUGCCUGAUAUGAAUUUUCCAUCAAAACGUGGUGAUAUAAUCAUCCGGUUUGACAUAAUUUUUCCACUGUAUAUGUCAAUUUCAGAUGAGAAUUUUUGUGAAUUAUUUGAAGACAAAAAAAAUAUACCUAUAUAGUUAAUUGUUUUGUAUUAGGUAAUAUAAUCAGUGUGAUUGUAGUAUAUUAAUACAAUUCUAUAGAAAAAUUUAUCGCAAAAUAAUGGAAAAGAUCAAUGGAGAUGAAUGAAACUCUGAUUAAUAUAUAAUAUAUUAUUAUAUAUGAUUAAGAAGUAUGGUUUGCGGACCACGGAUUGCGAACCUCUGGUCUAAGGAAUAGAGUAAAUUGUUAAACUUACGUAGCCGUCAGUAGAUGGAAAAUGAGUUUACCG